AAAAGCUUUUGCAUUUAGUCGAGUUUGCGGUCUAACCUCGGAUUGAACUCAUUUCUGUGCUUAAGUCGUGAUUUUGGAUUUGAUUUAAAUCGAUUUACAUACAUACUACUAAACGAGUCAUAUAAAAUGCGUUUCGCUUUGGGAUUCUUCUUGGUUGCCUGCUUGGUUGCCAUAGCUUUGGCCACUCCAUCCAAAAACAAACAAGGUCCUGCCUGUUCCAUAAACUGCGGUGAGAAAUAUGAACCGAUCUGCGCCAAGGCUAAGAAUGGCAAUAAGGAACGUCUUUUAACUUUCGGCAACGAAUGUGUUAUGGGCAAUUACAAUUGUCAACAUAGCGAUGAUCCUUAUGAAGUAAAGUCCAAAGGAGAAUGCGGUGGCAAUGUAUCCGUACGUCUAUCCUAAAUUUCAAUGAAGAACGUAAGGGACAACUGUAUGCCAGAAAAGAUCAAUAAAUGUGUACAAUAAAGCUACAAAUAUAAAUAUUUAUAACAAUUAAAGCAUAUAA